GCCGCGUUGGAGGCGGUGUGGGGGUAUGGCGGCGGUGUCAGCGACAGCCAUGGCGGAGGCCCGGCUGCGGCGGAAGCAGUUGUUGAGCGCGGAGGAGGCGGAGUUGUUCGAGCUAGCGCAGGCGGCGGGGAGCGGGCUGGAUCCGGAGGUGUUCCGGGUGCUGCUGGACCUGCUGCGCAUGAACGUGGCGCCGCUCGCGGUCUUUCAAGUGCUGAAGUCCAUGUGCGCCGGGCAGCGGCUGCCACCGGGACCCGAGAGCGGCCCUCCAGCCACGCCAGCCCUGCUCCCCGCCGACACGCGAGACAGCUGCUCCAAGGAGACAGGAUGGUUUGGGAAAAAUAAAAGCAAUUCUGCUGUCAGUGGGACCCAGGUUCUAGCAGAAAGAAGUAGCCGGGAAGGAUCUGCCCAGAGGAUGCCUCGGCAACCCAGUGCAAGCCGGCUGCAGAAGACAGGAGCUUCUGGAAAGAACACUGGAGGAGGCAACAGUACCUAAAUAAGGCCUUGAAAUUGAUGUAUUUUGAUGCUUGGCAAUGUAUAUAAACCAUUUGGUAAAACUGC